AUGGCAUCCGUAGACACCACCGAACUCCCCGCCCGCACCACCGGCGCCGCGGCCCAGCUCGCGGCCGCGCACGCCGCAGAGCACCCGCUCAAGCUGUACGGGGGCUGGUUCUGUCCCUUCGUACAGAGGGCCUGGGUCGUGCUGUGCGAGAAGCGCGUGCCGUACCAGUACGUCGAGAUCAACCCGUACGCCAAGGCGCCCGAGUUCCUGGCGCUGAACCCGCGGGGGUUGGUUCCUACUUUGGGUGUGCCUUUCAAUUCGGACUCGAAGUCGGGAAGUGUGGAGGGAGAGGAGGGAAAGGAGGUUAAGAGGAAGCCACUGUACGAGAGCGCGGUGAUCUGCGAGUACCUUGAUGAGGCGUACGAUGAUGCGACGAAGUAUGGCCCGAGGUUGUUGCCGGAGGACGCGUAUGAGCGCGCGAGGUGUAGGUUGUGGAUUGAUCAUAUUAGCGGGAAGAUCAUUCCCGGGUUUUACAAGUUCAUUCAGCAUACGUCGGAGAAGGAGUACAGUAUCGAAGAGGCGCGCGAGAAUUUCCUAGGACAUAUCAAGAUGCUUGUGCGUGAGAUGCUGGAGGGUGAGGAGAGUGGCCCGUGGUUUCUCGGGGAUAGGUUUAGUCUGGUGGAUAUCAUGCUGGCGCCUUGGGCGAAACGGCUUUUUCUUAUUGAUCACUAUAAGCCAGGUGGAUUGGGGAUUCCGGCCGAGGGACAGGGUGGUGAUGAUGAGAAGAUCUGGGCGAGGUGGAGGAAGUGGUUCGACGCCAUUACCACUCGGCAGAGUGUGAAGGAUACUUGGAGCGAUGAUGAGCAGUACAUCGUUGCGUAUAGGAGAUACGCCGAGGAUAAGACACAGUCUGAAGUCGCGAAAGCGACGAGGAAGGGUGAAAGACUUCCAUGA